AGGAGGCCCCAGGCGAGAAGGAGGGAGGGAUAGCGGCGAGAGGAGGAGUUUUCCAGCUCGGCUUGGCCCGCUCGCCGCGCAGCCCCUCGGCCCCGUCUGUCUCCUCCGCCCCCUGAAGGCGCGCAGCGCAGCGCAGCCGAGCGGAGCCGAGCGUGGCCGAGCGAGCGCCGUGCGCAACAUGGGGAGCCCCGCACUCCGGGCCGCGCUGCUGCUGCCGCUGCUGCUGCUGCUGCUGCUGCUGCGGCUCCCGCCGAGCCGCGCCUUCCCAGGAUCUGGAGACUCACCGCUAGAAGACGAUGAAGUCGGGUAUUCACACGCUAGAUAUAAAGACACCCCGUGGUGCUCCCCCAUCAAGGUGAAGUAUGGGGAUGUGUACUGCAGGGCCCCUCAAGGAGGAUACUACAAAACAGCCCUGGGGACCAGGUGCGACAUUCGCUGCCGGAAGGGCUAUGAGCUGCACGGCUCUUCCCAGCUCGUCUGCCAGUCAAACAAGCGGUGGUCUGACAAGGUCAUCUGCAAGCAAAAGCGGUGUCCCACCCUGGCCAUGCCGGCGAAUGGAGGGUUUAAGUGCGUCGAUGGCGCCUACUUUAACUCCCGGUGUGAGUACUACUGCUCUCCAGGGUACACGUUGAAAGGGGAGCGGACGGUCACGUGUAUGGACAACAAGGCCUGGAGUGGCCGCCCGGCCUCCUGUGUCGGUAAGAAAAUACCAGUCUUGACGGGGCACAUACUUUGGGAGGAGCAGGGUGUGUGUGUACAGUGGAUUUUUAAAGGAAGCAUCAACAGCCCGGAUGUAAAGCAUAAGCACCCAGCUUUGCUUUCAGAAGCUCUCUUCAUCCCUACUUCUCUGGCUUUUAGCCUGGACCUAACAUGA